AAUGGGAGUAUGUACAUCUACCAAUUAAAGUGGUCAUUUGAUUACUACAACUUAUUAAUAGAGGAUUAGGGAAUAAGUUUAGGAUAGUUUUGAACCUCCAUGUUGGGUUGAAGAAAAAAUUGGUGGAGAGAGUCCUAAUUCAGAGAUAUGUUUAUUAGACACAGAUGAGCUACACUAAAAUUCUGAAAAAGCAACAUAGGAACAAAGUUAAAGGGAGUUUGUAAAUAGAAUUGUCAGUGUUCAUGACUCUCCAAAUUCAAAAAGAUACUAUUUUGUUUAUGAUAAAUUGUACAAUAUAAAACGAAAGGUACCGAAGCUAAAAAGUAUUAAUCAAAGUACUUUAAUUCAAAAACGUAAGUAAUUAAUACUUUGA